ACGAAGGAGUGCAGGAUAUUAGGUGAGGCAAAAUACCCUCGGGGAUCGUCCGCAGGACCUGUCAAGGUUGGCACGCAGGAACGUAGACGGAGAGGAGGAGGAGGAGGAGGUGGAAGAGAGGAGAGGACCCUCGAGGCCGAUACGAUGCGGCCCAGGGCCGCGACAACGUCAACAACAACUACCAGCGACGAGGACGACCGCGGCGUCACGCGGCUCAUCUCGUCGCACCUGGUCCUGCGAAUCGUCAGCGUCCUUGCCCUACUGGUGCUCGCCACCACGUGGAUACCGGUCGCCGAGGCUGUGAUAUGCAAAGACUCGCAGAAAUGCAAUUGUACAGGAAUAAAAGGGCCGCCAGGAUUUCCUGGAAUACCUGGACCUCAAGGAACAGAAGGCUUUCCUGGUGAGAUCGGGCCUGAUGGACCCCCCGGACCCAAAGGCGAGAAGGGAGCGGGAGGAGAACCUGGAGCCACCGGCGAGAAGGGGCAUCGAGGCGACGAGGGUUUACAAGGAUCUGUGGGAGCUCCUGGAUUUUCCGGUAACCCUGGUAUACCUGGUGUACUUGGUCCGGACGGACUGGACGGAUGCAACGGGACGGAUGGCCGGGCCGGGGCCCCGGGUAUGCCGGGGGUUUUCGGGCCACGUGGUGGUGUAGGACUCGCGGGAGAUUAUGGUCCUCCAGGAGAGCCUGGUGAUGGGGGUAUCAAUUCGGUCGGCGCCAAAGGUAUCCGCGGGGAACCCGGGAUCAACGGACUGGAGGGUUAUCGAGGACAAAAGGGCUUCACCGGUGAAAUGGGUUAUCCAGGAGACACCGGCGACUUCGGUUUAUCAGGUGCCCCUGGAUUGCCAGGAAUGCAAGGUGACCGCGGUGACACUGUUUACGGUGUGAAGGGUCAACCAGGUGAACAAGGAGACAGGGGAGAGCCUGGUUCACCGGGUAAGGACGAGUACAAGAAGAAAGAGAAAUCAACGCCUGUAAAAGGUCCGCCGGGACCGAAGGGCAUGAAGGGCGACUACGGCGAGCGAGGUCGCAAGGGAGAAUUGGGUAUCAAAGGUCCACAGGGCCGUCCAGGUUUCUUGGGCAUCAAAGGUAUAAAGGGCGAGCAAGGUGACGAUGGACCAAGAGGUAAACAGGGUGUCGAGGGCCCACCAGGACCGGCUGGUGAGAAGGGAGAAAAAGGAGCUCCAGGUUUCGCUGGAUUGCCUGGUCAGGAUGGAUACGAUGGUGAAAUAGGAGAAGAAGGUAAUCGCGGUCCACCUGGCAAGCAAGGUGCUGAAGGAGAACCUGGACGAUAUAUUCCAGAACUUGAUGAAAUCAUCGCCGGAAACAUCGGAAUUCAAGGAGAUCUUGGUCCUCCUGGUGAACCGGGUCAAACAGGAACACCAGGUUUGCCAGGAAAGGUCGGUUUCAUAGGACCACCAGGACCACCAGGACCGUCUGGUAUUCCCGGUUUGGCGGGAGUGAAGGGUUCGUCCAUAAAAGGAGAACAAGGAGAUGAUGGCUUACCGGGACCCAUGGGACCUCAGGGACCUUCCGGACUACCCGGUUUACCCGGAAUUGUAGGAGCCAAAGGAUUUCCAGGCGUAACGAUAAUUGGACCACCGGGACCAGAUGGCAGCCCGGGUUUUCCAGGAUUGUCAGGUCCACCUGGCGAUCGCGGUGAUCCUGGUCCUCCAGGAGACAAAGGUUUUCCUGGGAAAGGUAUAAGAAUUCGUGGACCGCCUGGAGAACGAGGUCUGCCCGGAACACCGGGUAUUCCUGGUCCUGACGGCUGGCCUGGUUUAUUCGGUCUUAAAGGUGACAAGGGUAUUCGAGGAGAUGAUUGCGGUGUAUGUACACCAGGUUUACCCGGUGAGAAAGGAGAACGUGGUGAGUCUGGCUUGGACGGAUACCCUGGAACUCCGGGAUUUCCCGGAUUACCUGGUCCUCGAGGAUUCAAGGGAGUACAAGGGAAACGAGGUUCAGUAGGACCGGCGGGACUUGAAGGUGAUAGUGGAAGAUCCGGUAUUGCGGGAAUACAAGGACCCAAAGGAGAAGCGGGAAGGAUAUUCUUCCCGCCAGACCAACAGCUUGUGAGCCCGCCGGGCGAUAUUGGCGACAAAGGCUUACCCGGCCCCGAAGGACUUAGAGGUCUGCGAGGACAGCCGGGACCUGUCGGUGACACAGGUGUACCGGGUCCAAAAGGAGAAAAGGGUGAACAUGGUCCUCCUGGAGUACCUGGAAAGGACGGUUUUCCGGGAUUGGACGGCAUUCCUGGCGAAAAAGGUGAGGAUGCUUCGGUGCCGAUCGAGUAUUUGCGCGGAGAUCCGGGAUAUCCGGGAGAGCCGGGAAUCAAAGGAAUACAAGGAGAUAACGGUAAGAAGGGAGAGCCUGGCGAGGCCUCAGAAUACGUCGCAGACAGCAAAGGUGACAAGGGUUAUAAAGGUGUCAUAGGAGAUCAGGGAAUUCCCGGUUUAAAAGGUUUCCCAGGACAUCCUGGCGACGAAGGUCUACCGGGAUUACCUGGUGAACCCGGCCUUCAAGGUAUUUCACGGCAAGGUCCUAUCGGUUUGAAGGGAUAUCCCGGAAUGCCGGGAGAGCAAGGCCCUCGUGGCACACCAGGUGUACCUGGACCGCAAGGACCACCUGGCUUUCCAGGUCGUAUCGGCAACAAAGGUGAUCGAGGAGAUCCAGGUACAAAUUUAACUUAUGGCGAAAUUGGAGAACGUGGCUGGUACGGUCCAAAGGGUGACUUUGGUGAUCCUGGACCUCAAGGGUUGCCUGGCCGACCAGGAGAGGAUGGUCCGAAAGGUGUCAAAGGUGGUAAAGGAGCUCCUGGUUAUGAGGGACUGCCUGGACUUCAAGGAGCCAAAGGUCAACGUGGAGAUAGUAUACAAGGUGAUCGAGGUUUUCCAGGUAUGCUUGGCCAGCCUGGAAUGCCCGGAAAAAUCGGAGACAUCGGUGUCCGUGGUCCUGAUGGUCCUUCUGGCUUCGACGGAAUGAAGGGUUUGAAGGGAGAGCUCGGUUUUGUUGGACGACGCGGUGAUGAUGGUGAUACGGGACCUCAGGGAUAUCAAGGAAUGUACGGAAGACAAGGUUUACCUGGCGCUCCAGGAGAAAAGGGAGAAGUCGGCGAGAUCGGCGAACCAGGACCACUCGGCUGGCCUGGUUUUGAUGGCAUAGAUGGAGCACCUGGUGUUAAAGGAGAAAUAGGAGAUGCCGGAUUUCCCGGGGCACCAGGAGUGAGAGGACCAUCUGGACCCAAGGGUAUCAUUGGUGACACUGGUCUCGAAGGAUUAUGGGGUGCUCCUGGCGAAAACUCCUUCAGUGGUCCUCAAGGUGAUAUCGGUGAACCUGGUUUUAUGGGAGAAAUUGGACCGCCCGGUCUACCUGGAUUCGAUGGACGACCAGGAUUACCGGGAGAACCAGGAUUGUCAACUGAUGGUUUUAAUGGCCUGCCAGGACAGAAGGGUGAUCCUGGACUCGACGGAUACGACGGUCCCAUGGGACCAAAAGGAGAAAUUGGUGACAUGGGUCCUGAUGGAUUGAAAGGUGAACAAGGCAAUCAAGGUUUCCCGGGAAGGCCAGGGUUGCCUGGAAUACACGGUAAAUAUGGCGUGAAAGGUGAAAGGGGUCCAAUUGGACCUCCUGGAUUUGAUGGAUUGAAAGGAAAACGAGGUCUCGAUGGUGAUCCGGGUAUAAUGGGCAGACCAGGUAUGCCGGGAGAUCCGGGUAUAAGAGGUGCCCCGGGUAUCUUGGGUGCUCCUGGACCGAAGGGUCAAGUGGGCGAACCUGGCUUACCGUCUUAUGCAUUCGCGGAAAAGGGUGAUUACGGUGACCGAGGUCACGAUGGUUUCCCUGGUGUGAAAGGAGAACGGGGUGAAUCAGGAUACAUCGGAGUGCCCGGCCGUAAAGGUCAGAUUGGAGAUCGAGGAUAUCCGGGUCCCAUUGGUUUCCCAGGAUUACCUGGUUUCGCUGGUCUGCCAGGUGACCAAGGACCUCGUGGAGCUCCAGGCUUGAUUGCUGAAUUUGCUGAACCCGGAGAAAUUGGUCGCGCUGGUCUGGAUGGUAUGCCUGGUAUCCCAGGUCGUCCCGGACAGAAAGGAGCUCCCGGUGAAUAUGGUCCGAAUGGACCUAAAGGAAUCUCCGGUGAUAUAGGCUUUAGUCUUCAAGGUCCUAAAGGAAUUACGGGAGACCCAGGUCCUAGAGGAUUUGUCGGUUUUCCCGGCGCACCAGGUUUAGAAGGAUUGCAAGGCUUCCCCGGAACACCAGGUCCGAAAGGUUUCCGUGGAGAACCGGGAAUAUCUCUGCGUAGCAUGAAAGGACAGCCCGGUGAACUUGGAUGGCCUGGAUUACCUGGUCGUCCAGGACCAAAGGGAAUAAGAGGCGAUUCUGGUCUAUCUGGCUUUGACGGAUUACCAGGAUUAAAAGGAGAAAGGGGAGAUACUGGUGAACCUGGUCUACCUGGAUUGCCUGGUCCUGAAGGACCACAAGGUCCAAAAGGAGAACCUGGUCUAAAUCCUUUCCCACCUUUCCCGAGAAAAGGACUCCCCGGUGAUGUAGGAGCUCCCGGAUUACCAGGUUUCCCUGGACUACAGGGAAUGAUGGGUGAACCUGGCAAAGAUGGGCUGCCUGGACGACAAGGUGAAAGAGGCAUGAUUGGUAUCACUGGACCACAAGGACCGGAUGGUAAAGAUGGGCCUCCAGGAUAUCAAGGCCCCUCUGGAGCACCCGGACGACAAGGACAGCCAGGUUUUCGCGGCGCACCUGGUACACCUGCGCCAAACGGAAUUGGCCCAAAGGACAGAGGUUUCUAUUUUGCUCGUCACUCGCAAACUGAAAUGAUACCUAUCUGUCCGAAGAAUACCAUAAAGUUAUGGGAAGGAUUUUCUUUAUUACAUACCAUGGGUAAUGGACGACCAUACACUCAAGAUCUCGGCGCUGCUGGUAGUUGCAUCAAAAAGUUCUCUACUAUGCCCUUCCUAUUCUGCAAUUUGAACAACGUAUGCGAUUACGCCAAUCGUAACGACUAUAGCUACUGGCUUAGCACAACAGAGCCUAUGCCAAUGAUGAUGACGCCAAUACCGGCACCGGAAAUUGGUAGAUACAUAUCGAGAUGCUCCGUAUGCGAAGCACCGACCAGAGUAAUGGCUGUCCACAGUCAAUCCAUGUCGAUACCCCAGUGUCCGGGUGGCUGGAGGGAAAUCUGGGUCGGAUACAGUUUCCUCAUGCACAGAGAUGCAGGCGCGGACGGCGGUGGUCAAUCCUUAGUCUCACCAGGAUCCUGUUUGGAAGAAUUCCGCGUCAGACCAUUCAUCGAAUGCCGCGGCCUCGGUACCUGUAAUUAUUUCGCCACCGCAACGUCAUAUUGGCUGGCGACCAUCCACGAUGACGAGAUGUUCCGCAAACCGCUGCAACAGACGCUCAAGGCCGACCAUACAUCCCGAGUGAGCCGCUGCGCCGUGUGCAUCCGCCAACGCGUCAGCGAAGAUUCUUACGGCAGGACGACGGUCCUGAAACCUUUCACGUCAAACAACGAACGGGCUCCCAACAACGUUUACUAUCCGCCGGCACCACCGCCCCGUUAUCCGCCCGAUUAUCAGCCCUCGCCGUCGCCAUCCAAUCGUGAAAGGCAUCCCAAUCACAGACGCGGUCCACCCUAUCACUACCGUAGGAGAGGUCGCGUGCGCGGCAGGCACGGUGACCGACCGAUAGAAUCGUCCGACAAUCUAUAGAUCGGCAACACGAGCUGCACACACGCACGCAUCAAGAACAAAUAACAACAGCAGUGACGUGCAAGGGCAUAGCGAGCCUAUGUAUAUAAAGAAGCAAGAGAAACUUUUUUUUUUAUAUUAGUUAAGUUAUACUCCGGGCCGGGUGCUUUAGCUCGUAAACCUUAAACCGAGUAUAAAGAUGCGGAUAACGCGUAUAAAUAUCCAGGAACCAGUAGUGAAUAGUUCAAGAUAAACCAGGCGACACGCACGAGUCUGGAAAAUAUAAAGAACCUUUUCUUAUAUCUUUCGGUCUAUUUAGAAAAAAAAAUCGUGUCAGUAUAAAUUUUAGUUAAAGAUCAUUGAAGUACAGAAUAAAUUUUAUAUAUUUCUUUCAGUGUUAUCGGUGUACAUUCCCGGAAAUUAUAACAAUUAUAUGGGAAGCUUUAUUUUUAAAACUCUUGUUGGAACUAAGAUCUGGACCACUUAUCUCAAAACAUCCUUAUCUUGGACUCUGCUCUCGCUCUUGGGAAUUUGUCAGUGUUACUCGUUCUUAUCCUGUGUGCAAGGUUCAUGCACCUAGUCUUUUCCUGCCCGAUAAAAAACGCCGCCGGCUGCCGUGAAGCCAUAUAACUGCCUUUAUGCCAAAUAGAAAAAAAAAUCCGUCGCGUCCGGCCACCGCAAACUGCCAAUAACAUCACGCUCGCCGACGUGAUUUACGUGAUUACAAAAUAUAAUUAAAUUAACGUUAUCUGUACGUUGUGUAUCGCUAUCGUAACUAUUAUCUUAUAUAUUGCAUUGAAUAAAGAUCUUUUUGUAUAAUCUAA